AAAAGUGUCAAAAGUGUGAAAAGUGUAUAAUGGACAAGAAGAGCAGAACAAAAAGAAAGUCUCCAUUAUGUGAGGCCCAACACUGGCUCAAAGAAAAUAAAGAUCCUCCAGGGUUUGCCAUUUCGACAUACCCCACAAAAGGUAGAGGAAUCAUCACUACUAUCUAUAGAAGAAAAGGUGAUUUUCUGCUUCAUUAUGCAGGAGAAGUUAUUUCUGGUAAGGAGGGGGAAAGAAGAGAGAAGCUUGGCAGCUCUGGUUUUCGUUUUUUCUACAGAAAUGGUCGCAAAGAUUUGUGUGUGGAUGCCACUGAUGAAACAGGUAGAUUUGGUCGUCUUGUUAAUCAUGGUGAUAAGAAAGAGCGCAAUGCUAUCAUGAAGGGAAUAGAUGGACACUGGCUCUUGUUUGCCAUUAGUGAUAUUGACAUUGGUGACGAAAUUUUAUAUGAUUAUGGAAUAGAAGAACUACCCUGGAAAAAGAUAUUGGAGAAUGUGAUGAUAUGUCUGACAUACAUAUAAGUAAGAUAGAUGAUACAAAUGAAGUUAAUACCAACAACGUUGAUAAAAACAAGA